AUGAAGGAGAAGGUAGCCAAUGAUGACACCUGCUUCGAGUGUGGAGUUGUUAGACAUUGGAAAAGGAAUUGUCCUACAUAUUUUGCAAGGCAUUUGAUACUAGUUGUGGAACUCACAUAUGUAAUUCGUUGCAGGGGUGCAGAAAGAAGAGUCGAACAGAAAGAAGUGCUCGGUAUCGAGGUCUUGCCCCCGACGUUUUGGCUUUUCACUAGGAAUCUGUGUUUUGAAGGUAAAUAUCAAGAAGGGAGAAGUAUAGAGGUCUGUGAACUGUCUUUUUGGGAGCAACUACUAUGUGUUGGAGAGUUGAGACCUAUGGUUGCAUAUCGUGGCCCGACCCCAAUCAAUUUAUCCCGCCAAUUGCAUGAACGUAAUCUAUCCAAAAUCGAAAUCGGUGGACUAGGGCUUCUAUGGCAAUGUCUAGGUCGUGAAGCUAUGGCGCCAUAUUGCAUCCCUCAAUUUAAGUGGAUUACAAAUACAGGAAGGACCAAGCUAAUAUAUUCGUGA